AUGUCUUCUUUCAAGGGCUCCGUCAGCGUCACCUACAUCGGUACUGCCACUGCCCUUCUUCAAAUCGACAAUGUCACCUUCUUGACCGACCCGUUCUUCUCCCCUUCCGGCUCAGAGUGGGUGCGCCCCGUUGUCGUGCUCAAGAACUCUCAAGAUCCCGCCGUUAAGCCCGAAAACCUUCCUCCCAUCGAUGCCGUUCUUCUCAGCCACGAGGAUCAUCCCGAUAACCUCGACGAGAUCGGUCGCAAGGUCCUCGAAGGCAAAAAGGUCUUCACAACCAAAGAUGGUGCUGUCCAAAUUGGCGACAAGGCUGUCUGCGCGGGCCUUAACCCCGGUGACAAGGCCACCCUCGUCGCUGGCGGAAAGACUUUUGAGAUUAUUGCCACGCCGGCAGAACAUGCUCCGCAGGGCGAGUGCAUUGGCUUCAUCGUCACUUCUGCCGACUUUGGCUCGACCAAUGGUCUUCCCAACGCCAUCUAUUUCUCUGGCGACACCAUUUACAACCAAGACGUUGCCAACAGCCUCAAAGGCUACCACAUCAGCCUCGCCCUGCUCAACCUUGGCAAAGCUGCUAUUGAAGUAGGGCAGCCUGAGCCUCUCGAGAUUACCAUGGAUGGAAAGCAAGCUGCACAGCUUAUCAAGGAUGCCAACAUUGACAAGGCCGUGCCCCUGCACUUUGAGGGAUGGGGCCACUUCACUGAGGGUAAGGACCCGGCUUCGCAGGCCUUUGAUAAGGCAGGUGUCAGCGAGAAGGUCUUUUGGCUUCCCCGCGGUGAGCGCAAGGUCAUCUUCUGA